AUGAGCACUAGGGAAUGCUACGGAGCGGGGUUGUUGGUCUUUCACUUCUUCUGUGACGAAAGGACUAUUCUGAAAGAACAAUGUUGCCUGGUUGACAUGCGCACAAUGUUAAAUUUCAUGUCAAGCUGCACCGGUUCAUACUCCAGGAAGACGCUGGCGAAUUAUGUGUAUGCAAUCAAGGCAUGGCAUAGGUUGCACGGCCAGCUGUGGGAGGUUCAACAAGAUGAGUUGAGAGUGUCCUUAGAUGGAGUAUUAGAAUGCACUCCUGAAAUGUCCAAACAUAUGAAAUGCAAACCCUUUUCGACGAAUCUCAUCCUUCAGAUUCGCUCUCAUCUUGAUCUGUCAAGACCUCUUGACACCACAGUUUAUGUGUGUCUAACAACCGCAUUCUAUGCCUUAUGUCAUCUAGGAGAACUCACUGUCAGAGCUCUGAAUGCCUUUGAUCUCAAUAAACAUGUCAAACGAUCCAACGUGCAGAUCAACAUCAAAGAUCGUCACGACUUGCUAGUCACCAAGAUCUUUCUCCCACGAACAAAAACCUUAAACGUCAGCCAAAGCAUGUUCUGGACACAACAAGACAAUCUUACUGACCCAAAAGCUGCCCUGCUUAAUCACUUUGCAGUCAACAAUCCAGGGCAGAAUGUGCACCUUUUUGCCUGGAAACACGCGAAAGGAAUGAGACCCUUAAUGCGGACGGAAUUCUGGAAACAAGUCAGCAGAAUAAUCAAGGGAGCUUGCUUGGGAAAUUUGAAAGGACACGGACUGCAUAUUGGAGGGACAUUGGAGUACCUGCUGCAUGGAGUUCCUUUUGAUGUAGUCAAAUCUAUGGGAAGGUGGUCGAGCGAAGCCUUCAUGAGCUAUCUGCACAAACAUGCCUUGAUACUAGCACCAUAUUUGCAAGGCUCUCCAGCUCUAGAACCCUUCAUAAGAUAUACUAUGCCCCCAGUAUAUCGACAAGGUAUGUCAUUGCGUCACCCUUCUCCUUUGAAGUGGGAGUCCACGCUGCAUCUAAUGCGUCACUGGGCUCCUUCAUUUUGGGAAUCACGACUCAUCCUGGACUCUCCACAGGUUCGAAACAAUGUUUCAGGUCGCAAACCCUUUGGGUUUGAGCCCAAAUAG